CCGGGUUCAAGCACCUUUUUAAGAUAUCUUCCAUUUUAAGCCUCCAAAAAGAUCAUCUAAAAUAAUACUAGAUUUAAAUAGCAAAGCUGAAUUUGAAGUGAUUGUUCUGCUUGAUUUCGCUGCCUUGAAGAUCCGUGCAGAACUGACCACUGAAUAGACAGUGCAGUGUUGCAGUACAGUAUUUCAUGUCUACAUUAACAUCGAAGAACUAUCUGUCUCAGAUGAACGAAGAUCACAAGGAUCCUGAGAUGAUUUGAGUUGUAAUGGAGGGAUGCUUCUGUGAAACUGCUAGAGGACUUCAGAGUAGGGCAUCUGACUUCUCUGCCCUCUUUCACCUGUGUCAAAGUCAGAAAUGAACCACUCUUGGGCAUACAAUCUGAGCUUUGGUGCACCUACAGACCCUGCUGAGCCAAGGACUGGACUGUCACGAAACGGGCACACAGUAGUGGCCAUAUUUCUGGGAUUUAUCUUAUUUUUUGGUUUCUUGAAUAACUUGACAGUCCUCAUCCUCUUCUGCAAGUUUAAAACCCUUCGUAACCCAGUCAACAUGCUCCUCCUGAACAUCAGUAUCAGUGACAUGUUAGUGUGCAUCUUGGGCACAACCCUCAGUUUUGUGUCUAACAUCCAUGGCAAAUGGAUCGGAGGGGAACAUGGCUGUAGGUGGUAUGGCUUUGUCAAUUCCUGCUUUGGCAUUGUGUCCCUGAUCUCCCUGGCCGUCCUGUCCUAUGAGCGAUACAGCACUCUCACCCUGUGCAACAAACGCAACGCUGACUAUCGGAAAGCCUUGGUGGCAGUUGGCGGUUCAUGGAUGUAUUCCCUGAUCUGGACUGUGCCCCCUCUUAUCGGAUGGAGCAGUUAUGGGAUAGAAGGUGCAGGUACCAGCUGUUCAGUACGCUGGUCCUCUGAGUCAGCCAAGUCCACAUCCUACAUCAUCUGUCUCUUCAUAUUCUGCUUGGUCAUUCCUGUAAUGGUGAUGAUAUACUGCUAUGGCCGUCUUCUUUACGCUGUUAAACAGGUUGGAAAAAUCCACAAGAAUGCUGCCCGCAAAAGAGAAUAUCAUGUACUGUUCAUGGUGAUCACUACAGUCAUCUGUUACCUCAUAUGCUGGAUUCCCUAUGGAGUUAUAGCACUGCUUGCAACAUUUGGUAAGCCAGGUGUAGUGACUCCAGUUGCAAGCACGAUACCUUCCAUCCUGGCAAAAAGCAGCACCGUUUGCAAUCCCAUUAUCUACAUACUUAUGAAUAAGCAGUUUUACAAAUGCUUCCGUCUGCUUUUCCACUGUCAACCUCAUUCCUCCACUGAUGGAGAGCCUACCAGCCACUCUAAGGUAACCGUUAUCCAGCUGAAUCAGAGAAUGGACUGUGGAAAUGUGUGCAGUAAUGAACCACGUCCCAAACCAGACAAUAAAAUGACUUCUCUCCUGCGCCUAGAGCCAAGCCUGGAGCCAAUUUCGAAAAAUACACCACCGAUGUCAUAGAAAAAUCUGCUCUCAUGGAAAGUACAAGCCUUAACCAGCAUAUGCUUCAUUUCACUGCUACUUUACCCAGUUAACCUUAAAAUUCCUGAAGGAAAUUACUAUUUAUGGAAUA